AAAAAAAAAAAAAAAAACCAGCAGAAGAAAGAUUUUGCAUCCAAACAGAAACUUACAUUGACGUUAUUGCAAUUUACUGCUAAUCUAUCAUCGAAAAUCUAAACCGCCUUAUAGUCAACUCUUUAAACACAUGCACUAAAGAGUAGCUCACAUGUAAACACACCUAUUGCUCCGUAUAUAACGGGCCGCCACAUUUUCGAGUCCUGUCCUGACCAAAUUUUUCACGAGAUACCCUUCUUGGUGCACCUUCUCGAGCACAUUUUGUACUUGAAAAGCAUGAAACUUUACAUAGGUUCAGCUUAAAGUUUACGAUUUUCCAGCAUGAAAGCUUGACCAGAAAGCAAGAUACUGAUGGCCCAUUUGACCAUUAAAUUUGAGAUCAAUCUGAGUAUGAUUUUUAGUUCUCAGAGUUUCUUCAAGUAAAAAUAUUGUGAGUGUUGUUUAUACCUCAGUUCUUGAUUGUAUCACAAUAAUCUUUCUUCAAAUAUACUGAAUUUUGGGUCUUUUUGUAUUUUCUUGGAUCAUCUACAUAUAUGUAAAAUUUUCGAGAUUGUGUAUCAAGAAAAAUUUAUCAAUGUUCAUAAUAUGGUGAUGAUUUCUUGAUAGUUUCAUAUCAGAUUUUAUGUGUUUUCUUAUUUAUUGUGUGUGCUAGAUUUUGUAGAUAGUGGUUAAAUUUAUUUAUAAGGAUGAGAAGGUUCUGUUUUCCUAAGUUGAGAUUAAGUAGAAUUAUGGGUCUAAUUCAGUUUAUACUGGGAGGGUUAGUUAUAAUUGUUAGCUUGUCUAGUCUAUUUAGGUUUUACUCUGCUGGAUUUUUCUUGGAAAAUGAGGAUAUCUGUAGGCAGUUUUAUGGUCCUAGUGAUGGUGUGAUGGGUUUUGAUGUUCAAGCUCUAUCGGCUCGUGUUGGGGAAGUGCUGGAAAAGAUGGAAGCUUUGCAGGACAAGCUUGAGGCAACUGUGAAUCUGAUUGAUAAAAAUAAAGAAGCUUCGAAUGGAGGGUCGAUUUCUAAAUUGGAGUACAAAAAGUUUUUGGAAGAGGAGGUGAUUCAACCUCUGUAUAGUGCUCAUAUUGCUCUUAGGCAAAUUCGACUGCCUAAAGUUGAAGGGUUAGGGAAUAAUACUACAGUAAGGGAAGAGCCUUUGAUCAAUACUUUUAUUAUUGAGGAAAUUAGGAAGUAUUUGUCCCCGAAAGAGAAUAGGAUUGGGAAGAUUAAUAUCUAUGGAACAGAGAAGAUAUACAAUACGAUAGGACACGCUUGUGUUUUAAUGAAGAAGGAGUUGGAAGAGUACAUGGAUUAUGACAUUGCAUCUUACUGUAAGGAUGAUUGGAAUCUUGCGCAAAAGCUUAUGAUCAAUGGAUGUGAUCCUCUUCCACGAAGACGGUGCUUGACUAGAGCGUCUAAGCUCUAUAAGAAGCCUUAUCCUAUUAAUGAGUCUUUAUGGAAAUUGCCAGAUGGUGGAAACGUGAGGUGGAGCAAUUAUCAGUGUCGAAACUUUGAAUGCUUAUCUAGCAAGAAUCCUAAACGCGGUUACUCAAAAUGCACAGGAUGCUUUGAAAUGGAGAAGGAAAAGCUUAAAUGGAUCACUAACACUUCACUUGUGGUAGAUUUCCUUAUUAAAGAUGUGUUGGCUAUUAAGCCUGCAGAGAUACGGAUAGGACUCGAUUUUGGUGUUGGCACAGGAACGUUUGCUGCUCGGAUGAGGGAACAGAAUGUUACAAUCAUCUCCACUGCUCUAAACCUUGGGGCGCCUUUUAAUGAAAUGAUUGCACUGAGAGGCUUGAUUCCUCUCUAUGUGACACUGAAUCAACGGCUUCCAUUCUUUGAUAAUACUAUGGACUUGAUUCAUACUACAGGUUUUAUGGAUGGAUGGAUCGACUUGCAACUGAUGGACUUCAUUCUAUUCGACUGGGACAGGAUUCUAAGGCCAGGGGGAUUGUUGUGGAUUGAUCGCUUCUUUUGUAAAAAGAAGGAUUUAGAUGAUUAUAUGUACAUGUUUCUGCAGUUCAGAUAUAAGAAACAUAAAUGGGUUACAUUUACGAAAUCAAAGGAUGAAGUUUUUCUCUCUGCAGUACUGGAGAAACCUCCAAGAUCUUUAUGAGUUGUAUGUUCCAUGUCACAGGAUCUCUCGGUAUUAUGUCUUCUUCCAAGUUAACAAAACUAGUAGCGCAAAUUUAGCUUGGUUUCAAAAGUUUUGUUAAUGAAAGUUGUGCUAAUAAUACAUGUUCUUGUAGAAUUU